GGGGGCGGUCCGGAACAAAGAGCGUCGCGGUCGCGGGAGCGGAGUUUGCGAUCAAGAUGGCGGGCGUGGAGCUGCGCUUCAGCAGCGGCUGCGAUGAUGCCCAGCCGCCCGCACGCCCAGUGUUCAUCGUCGGGCAACUGCCCAACUUGCAGAAGCUGCAAUGGUCGGAGAUUAGCGGCAAGCUCUUGCCGCAGGUGACGGAGGAGGUCUGGAAGACAGCAUUGGGUAAUCUCAACCCCAACCCCACGGAUAAUUGCCCCUUGUACCUCUCCUAUGCCACAGUGGCGGCCUUGCCCUCUCGAGUCAGUCGCCACAACAGCCCAUCGGCAGCAAUGUUCAUUACCCGCCUGGUUCGAAGCUGUAUGCCUGGAGGAUCCAACCGCUGUAUUGUCAUGGUUUGCGAGUAUGCCGAUGUUUUUGCUUCUGGCUGUGCGAUUUCAAGGGCAUUUCCGCUCUUUUCCCGCCGAUCCGGUGCCUCCAGACGCACAGAUAAACGUGUAGUUACUGUGGAGUUCCUGCUUGUUGGACAGAACAAUGGCCCAAUUGAUGCAACAGCACUUGAGUGUCUAGAGAGUGCUGCAGAUGGAAUCCGACUGUCAGCCCGAAUUGUGGACACGCCCUGUAACGAAAUGAACACUGAUAUUUUUAUUGAGGAAAUUAAACUGGUUGGGAAUGCACUUGGAAUUGUUCCCACUGUUAUCCGGGGCGAGGAGUUGAAGGAAAAAGGAUUUGGAGGCAUUUAUGGAGUUGGAAAGGCAGCAAUAAAUCCUCCUGCACUUGCAGUUCUCAGUUAUUUACCAGAUGGCGCCACACAGACCAUUGCCUGGGUUGGCAAAGGCAUUGUGUAUGACACUGGAGGCCUGAGCAUUAAAGGAAAGACCACCAUGCCAGGAAUGAAGAGAGAUUGUGGAGGAGCAGCAGCUAUUCUUGGAGCUUUCAAAGCAGCUGUGAAACAAGGUUUUAAGGACAAUCUGCAUGCUGUGUUUUGCCUGGCUGAGAAUGCAGUUGGACCCCUAGCGACCAGACCUGACGAUAUACAUCGGAUGUACUCUGGAAAGACAGUUGAAAUUAAUAAUACUGAUGCUGAGGGCCGCUUGGUACUGGCGGAUGGAGUUGCCUACGCAUCUAAAGAUCUGGGGGCAGAUAUCAUCCUCGACAUGGCCACAUUAACAGGAGCACAGGGUAUCUGUACUGGGAAACACCAUGCUGCUGUGCUGUGCAACACUGAGGUGUGGGAGAUGGCCUGUGUUAAAGCUGGACGGAGCAGUGGAGACCUCGCCCACCCUCUCGUGUACUGCCCCGAGCUCCACUUCAGUGAGUUCACCUCUGCCGUGGCUGAUAUGAAGAACUCUGUUGCUGAUCGUGACAAUGCUCAAAGUUCCUGCGCAGGUCUUUUUAUUGGUGCCCACAUUGGAUUUGACUGGCCUGGGGUGUGGGUCCAUGUGGACAUGGCAUCUCCUGUACACACAGGUGAGCGUGCCACGGGCUUUGGUGUUGCCUUCCUACUGGCCCUGUUUGGCCGUGCCUCCAAAGAUGCCAUGCUGAACCUAGUGUCUCCGCUGGGUGCCAGCACAGACACACACCUGGUGCCAAAUGAUGGUGACGGCAGCUUGUCCAAGCGUAGACGGCUGGUGUAAGGGAAGUAGAGCUCUCUAUGUGGUCAUGUCAAUGAUGCAUCUACACAAAUCCAUUGGCAGCAGUCCAUCCUUCCAGGCAAAUGGUUAUCCUGCACCACUGCUUGUCCUGCUCUUUUUAAGGAGUCUGCAGGCUGGUCAUUAUCAGGGAGCUCACUAGCACUGUUAGCCAGAGGGACAAACCUCAUCUUGGUGUCACACUGACGCCCAGCUAAUUUUUCUUAAUCUAAAGGCAACAACAUUUAAGACCUCCACUUGAGGCAGAGUCUGUUCAUAGUGCCUCUACUUUGCAUAAACUUCUCCUCCCUACCACUUCACUGUGGUGAGGUUUGGUAAAGUUAUGAAAUUCACUUAAAACAAGCUGCCAUGAGCUAGCCAAGAGAGUAAGGUACUCUACUCUACCCCCUACUCUAAUGCAAAUCCACUUCAAAUGAAGCCGAGAAUUGCUGUACCAAUUCAUUGACUUCAUUCUUUUAUAAUUGUUUAAUUGAAGACAGUGAGCAAAUUGAAAUGCCUGAUCUGAUUAAACCAUUUGCACAAUUUUAUUGCUGUUAGCUGUUUCUUAAAUGGUAUACGUGUCAUUUCUACUGAUAGAAUGUCUUUAAUUUGGAGCAUUGUUCAAUUUUCAGCACAAAGCCCACCCUCCAUUCAGUCUCCUGGUUCUUGUGUAGAAUGAUCAGUAAACAGACUGAAGGAUUUACUUGUCUUAAAGCUGCAAAGUGUUCCUCAAACACUCGCAGUACAGACCCAACAUGGGGAAGAGAUGAGAGUUAACCUACCUUGUCCACCUGGUGAUAUAUUUUCUUUAGACUACGUUAAAUGGAUAGAUGAAAAACAAUUGUGCCUAUUCAGGAUUCAUUGCAAGCUUCUUGUUUGUCCAUUUUGCUCUUGCAAACAGGACUGAAUGUCUAAAAUCACAGAACCCAUUUUAAAGUAAGUAAAGUCUCCAGCUUUAUUUUUAGAAAUGCAAGUUGUGCUGCCAGCAUAGAAACAGGGAGAAUUUAUUUAGCUGCAUCUCUGCUCCAGUUAAUGAAAUGAAAGUUGAUCUGUAGACAUUCCCUUAUCCUGUAUCCCCAAGUACUGACUGACUGUUAAUGAAAAUGUCAUCGUCUUUUGCUAACCAGAUGUACCCUCUUUUGGCCCAUCACUGAAAUGACAAUCUGUUCAAAGUUUUGUAAAAUUCAUUAACUGCAGAAUAAACAACAUUGGGCAGUGCCCCUGAGAAGGA